UUUUUUUUUUUUUUUUGCGUAGGGAGGAGGGAAUCUGCUCUUUGGGCACAUUUCCAAAAUACUUCUUAAAAAGAAAAGAAAAAAAAGAGCCAUUUUCUUUUUGUAAGUAAAAUUGGGCCUCAGAGCAUUUUACAAAGUAGGAAUGUGCACCAAUUAAUGGGAGAGAUAAGUAGUGUUGUGAGAGCCGAGCUGUUCAGAGGCCUGACACACACCAGCCUGGGCACCUCAGUGUUCCCAUGUGUGUCACACAGGAAAGGCGGAUCCUUGAUGUCACUUGGUUUGAGUUCUGUGUUUCCUUUGUUCUGAUCCCGAUCUCACGAGCAGCCCUCUCUACACACAGCAUUGUGAGUGAAGAGGUGGCACUGCUGCCUUGCCUUCUGCUUCGUUUUAAAAGCCACCUCCUAUCGGUCUCUUACAGAUAGGUGGAAUUCUGAAACAUUAUAUAUGUUGAUAGAUUUGCAUAUAAUUAUUAACUUGUCAGUUGUAUGCAGAAAAUGAAGUAUUCUCUCAAACUGAAUUUUCCUAACCAAAAGAUUUCCAGAAUACUUAAAAAAGUGUGUGUGUGUGUGUGUGUGUCCAUCCAAAGGUCAAUGAUAGACAUCUUCAAUUUCUCUCCAUCUUUUUUUUUCAAUCAGGGUCUCUCAUUCAGCCUAAAGUUUACUAAUUUGGCUAGGCUGGCCAGGAAGGCCGAGCUGUCUUCCCCAGUCCUGGGACUUCAGGUGCACCCUGCCACACCACACCAGCUUUUACAUGGGAGCUGGGACCAAACUUAGGUCCUCACACUUAUCCAGGUCCUCACACACAGCACAGACUUCCCUGACUGGGCCAUUUCCUCAGCUCUUUUUUCACUCAUUCAUUUGUAUUCGAAGCUUGGUGACAUUACACAUGCCUAUAAUCACAGAACUGGAGAGAAUCUCUAGUUUUAUGGCCAGCCUGAGCUAUGCAAAGAGACCCUCUUUCAAAAAUAAUUUUUAAUGUGCUACAUACUUUUUCAUUCUGUGAAUUGUGCCGAAUAUGACCACCUUUUUUCUUGGUGGCUGAUGGCAGUUAUUGUUUGCACUUGUUAAAAGGUUCUGGCCUGUUUGUUUCUGUAUUCUUCUUCUCUUGACUCUAGUUUGGCUCUUUCUGGCAGUUCUGAUCAUUGCAUUGGUGCAGCUGUACUGAAUACACAGUGAUGCUUCCAGCCCUGUCCUUGGCCCUCAUCUUUUUUUUUUUUUUCUCCUUCUGGUUCUAGCACUGGGUGACUUCAUCCCUGUCUUGUGCUUCAGGUUUAGGGGCCACUGGACUGGGCACUGGUACUUGGGUACACUGUAGGUUUCAUGUGCGAUUCCUCCCCACUGAAUAGUCAUUUAUUCCCUGAGUGGCAGCAACCACAAAGCUGCCUGGAAGGAAGGCCAGACUGCUGCUCAUAAUUACAUCUCAGCACGUUUUAUCCCUCCCCAGGUCUUACCUGUCCAUCUUACCUGCCCUCCACUCCACAGCCAUUCCCUUUGGGAACCACUUCCUCCCACAGGGUCGUCACAGUAGCUUCCUUGUUCUCCUCACCUCACUGCAGCCCUUUAUACUACAGGAUGCUUGGGCCUUCUGCCUGUGUCUGAACCACACUACUGGGGCUGAAUAUCCUUCUCGCUGCCAAAGGCCUCAUCCAGCCAUUUGGGCAAUAGGUGUCUGCUUCCUCCCCACCACCACUGCCACCAGGUCAUCUGCCCAAAGACUCUGCUGCUGUCGUCAUAGUCGGGCCUUUGCUGGUCGUCCUUUCUGCUGCAGCAUGUACAGAAAUGCUGUGGUUUAUUCCAACUCUGAAUUCCCUCUUCUGAUAGUCCUCCCUCUCCUUGGGUUUGUCUACAUCUCCAGCAGAAAUGUUUCUCAAGUAAGUUGCCUGUGAUUGCUGUCUCCGUGUCUUCCAGCCCUGCCCUCCAUCCAGCCUCUUUCCCUAGCCACGCACUGAAGUUGUCCGGGUCACCAGUCGCCCUCCCCCCCCAUUGCCAGAUCUAGGUCUUUGUCCUGUUCCUGCCCCUCCAUAGCCUUUGACACAGUUGAGCCUCCUUCCUGAGGAAACAGUUCUCUGCUGACCCUGCUGGUUUGUCUCUAGUGUCAAAGUGACCGAUGGCUUUACACCCAUCUUCUGAUCUGUCUCUCCCUACUCACUUAGCUCCCUCAUCUAGACUGUGGCAUUUAAAGCAAUCUGUCCAUGUAGUGAUUUCCAAAUACAUAGCUCCAGCCCUUCAGACUUGCCUCCUAGAUACAUAUAGACCGUCUUUACCAAAUUAUCUCAUGAUGUGUCUGGUGACAACACACUCCAGCCAGAAUUCUUGAUUCUCUUGUGUUCUUCCCUUCAUCUUCCCCAUUGAGGAGAUGCCUUAAUCAUCUUAGCCCCCAUUUCAAGUCAAAAGCCUGGGAUUGUCUCAUUUCCUGUUGUUUCUUCUAAGCCACGAGCGUGUCCUGCACAUGACCAAGUGUGGCCUCUCUACUCCUGGCCUGUGCUCAUCUUUUGCUGGCUGGCACAUAGACAGUUUCCUGUUUGGUCUCCCAGCCUCACCUUCAUCUCCCCCCUACUUUUUCCCACAUGGCAGCCAGAGAUAUUUUUAAAAUGUAAGUCAGAUGGAUGAUGCUUCAUUUAAAAGCCUUCUAUGGCUUCCUGUUAAAAGGUUUACUUGGUGGAGCCCCACCCACUCACUCCCUGACCACAUCCGGUCCACCCUCGGUCUCCCGCCCCCACCCACUGCUCUUCAGUGCCGCCAGUUUCUUUGGUGCCUCAGCACGGGCUUCUUAACUUUUCCCACUCUGCCGUUUUCCCUAAGGGAUGUUUUCAUGACCCUGGGUACACAGGGAUAUAAAUACAAAUCAAACACUUACUAAUAAUACAUCCCUUUCCUUUCAGUGGUUGUUAAUCUGAGUUGUUCUUUCACAUUGAAUGAGCAAUUAUGAUGAUCCAAAAAUGUGAUUUGGUGAAUUUAUCAGAAGAGUGGCCAGUUCAUUUUUUUAGUGUUUAAUUCUUAAACAGAGUCCUUCUGAGUGCUUUUUAGGUGGAUCCUCUACCUAUACCAGUGUUCUACUUGGAACUGGCUCUCCAGGGAAAAAUACUUUUGGGCUCUAAGAUUUGUAAAUACCCUCACACAAGAAUCACUUUAAUCUGUGAGCAACACACCAAUUUUUAAUUUAAUUUUUUAAAAAAACUAGUUUUAUGUUACCAUUUUCAAAUCACAACAGAAACUUCUACUUGUUCUCCACAGGGAGCACCCUUCUUUCUUGUGUUCCACGGGGAGCACCCUCCUUGAUUGUGUUCCACAGGGAGCACCCUCCUUGCAGCCACCUCCAAGGACAGCAAUGGUGCUGGCUGGCCCUGCCCUCUUAGCAUCCCUUUGUUCCUCAUCAAGGAUUUCCUCUGGUGGUAACUGUCAAAGUUCUCAAAUUUUAAAUAGUUUUAAAGGUUUAAAAUACUCUUUGCCACCACACUUUGUUCUGUUGUGCUUCUAGCACUGCAGGUGUGGCUUUUGCCUCAAGUUUAAUGUGGCAAAGGUUUGAGAAAGGUCUGUGGUGAUAUGUUGUUUAUGAUCUAAUAAAGCUUGCCUGAAAAUCAGAACACAAAGCUAGCCACAGCCAUAGAAGCUAGGCAGUGGUGGCACACACCUUUAAUCCCAGGACUCAGGAGAUAGAGGCAAAUGGGUCUCUGUGAAUUCAAGGCAACCCAGGGCUACUUGAGGGUGAAUCACUCUAAAAAAGAAACAGAGCUCACACCUUUAAUUCCCACAGUAUAUAAAGAAGAAGCAAAGCCAGAUAUCCUGCCUAUCAGAUAUUUACAUUACAAUUCACAACAGUAACAAAAUUACAGUUAUGAAGUAGCUAUGUUAAUUUUAUGGUUGGAGGUCACCACAACAUGAGGAACUGUAUUAAAGGGUCACAGAAUUAGGAAGGUUGAGGACCACUGCUGUAGAUACAUGCUGGUAGUUCUGAUUUCCAGCUUCCUGUCUCCUAAGAGAUGUAACCAAAAGCAUUAAGGUAGCAUUCUGUCUCAACUGUAAUAUUACAUUAUUUUUUUUGUUUUGUUUUUGUUUUUGUAGACCUGGUUUCUGUGUGUAGACCUGGGCUUUCCUGGAACUUGCUCUGUAGACCAGACUGGCCUCAAACUCACAGAGAUUUGCCUGCCUCUGCCUCCCGAGUGCUAGAAUUAAAAGCGUGCACCAUCACUUCCCAGCUUCAUUUUUAAUAGAUAUUUUGAAUUGGGUCUUUAAUUGAAAAAAAUAAUGAGUCACUUAACAUAGAAAGCCAUUAGGAGCUAUUUGGCUGUAUUUGGCUCUGCGCAUCUUUAAGUAGUCCUGCAUCUUCUCAGGAGGUCACGAGCAUUUUGCUUGUCUUCUUGAGACUUACUGUAAAUAAAAAGCUGCUUUCUUUGAGGUAUUCUUUAUUUUGGAAUGUUGUCAUUUUCCCUCUUAAAAUUGAUUUAGUUGUGGCUGAGGGAAAGACUGAAGAGCCAGCUGUCAUCAAGAUGGUAUUUCUGAAGAGUCUCAAUCUCUGUAAAGAAAAUGACUGUGGAUAGGAGCUGUCCAGCUAAGAGUCGUCAUGUCCUUGAAUCUCAAACUCAAGAGCACUCGUCCUGGAAAACAACUUGACUGGUCAAAGGAAUCAUUACAGAAAGAAGGUGGGAACAGUUGUCAGGCUAAAUAUUUCAGGUGAAAAGUGGAAUAAAAGAAAUUACAGGCAUCAGUGAUAGUUUGUAGACCAUUUUAACAGCUUCUUCCAACCAUUUAAUGAAGAUGACCAUUUUUUUAAUUCCAGUUUUUAAUUUGACAGCUUGCUGCCAUAAAUCUGAUUGCCAGUGUGCAGAGAUUUCACCUGUCUGUUUAGACUGUUGUAUCACAGUGGCUCUGUUUCCUCCAGGAAGCCCUUCUGGCUUGGAAACAUGUAAACACCAUCAGCCACUAACUCCACACUUCCAGCUCCCCUGCUGGGUCCCUGCUUUCCUGAACUGCAUUCCAGCAGAGGGAGGAGAGGCACUCUUGGAGUCUGGCUACAAAAUACUAAUUUUGCUAGAUGAUGACAGGGCUACAUGUACCUAGGACCCUCAUUCUGGGGGAGCAGAUCUCUGUGUUUUCAAGAGGACACACUCUGAGCAUUCAUCACGUGGUCUGAAUUGAUUGGUGGAGGAGAAAAUGCCAUUGCAUUUCCUGGGCAUUUGUAGUUUAUUAGGUUUGUCAUAAAAUGUAAUGUUUGCAUCUCCUCAGAGAUUUGAAAUUAGUUUACAAGACUGUCCAGAAAAACACAGGAGAGAUGAGAUAUACCAGUGUCAGGUUUGCAAAGUAAUUGUAUUUCACCACUUUAGUCAAUAAUCUCAUUUAUAUAUACAUUGGCUCAAAGUUAGUCUGUCAUUCUAAGGUCAUUUCAAAGACACCUUCAUUUUAGUAGACGGCUAUAGGCCAUCUUUCUCAAGAAAUUGCAGGGCUUGAGGAAAGAUUUCUGGUUUUGUUUUUUAUCUGUUAUUUAUGUGAAUGUGUGUGUCUGAGGGAGUUUAUAUUCGCCACGUGGACCAGGUGCCACACAGAAGCUAGAGCGUGUCAAGUGUUCUUGCAAAUGGAGCUAAGGGCAGUUAAGCCGCCUGGUGUGGGUGCAGAGACCCCCAACCUAGGUCCUUGUGGGAGCAUUAUGUGCCCUUAACCUUUGGCAGGAGAAAGAAGGGGUAUGAUAGUGCAGUCAUCUUGUACUGACACUCCUCCCCCCUCUCCUGCUGUCCUUGUCCAGGUGUGUGCCAUGGUUAGGAUACAGGCAAAAAUGAGGAACACGCUCAAUAUCUAGGUAGUAUGUAAUAUCAGGGCAGAUGAAACAGACACCAGCAAAGGAAGAAAAAAGCUCUAGAAUUUACACAUGAAAGACAAAAAAAAAAUGUAUCUUAGACUUUUCAAAGAUUUACCUCCAAAAAGCAAAAUAUUUCUACAUGAACUAAAGAAUCCUCAUUGUUUUUGAGUAUUUUUUAUAAUGAAGAUUUAUAUAUUAUACAUCUGUCUGCAACUUUGGAAUUGGAAUUGCUGCACACAGUAUUCUUGAUUUGUUGUUGUUAAAGCAUAUUAAAUGUAAACUCAAUGUGGAUGGGGGUUAUUAGGGGGGAAAAAAAGAUCCUCCAGCUGGAUACACCGAAUGAAGAGCCCCGUUUCUCCUGCCAUUCUGUCUCUUGGUAGACCACACAGCCACCUUUGUUGCGGUACAAAGUUUUAGCCUUAUUUUCAUCUGUUGUUGCCAGAACCAUUCUUGAUAUACACAUUGAGAACAAGACAAUUAAUUCCAGGGGUCUCGGUUGGACGUUAUAUAUCAGCAUUAAAGAGUAUGAGUUUGUAAAACUAAUUCCAAUAUUUCCUUGCUGGGAGUGAAAGACCUUUAUAAAGCCUUGGUGCAGGCCUGCAGUUGCUGGAGCAGGCAGACCCAGCCUGCACUGAGCCCUUUGCGCAGCACUAGUGGAUGGGGGCUGCGCAGCCGCAGUGGGAGUAGAGGCUGUGCCUGUACUUCAGGGCGACGACCGUUCUGCCGUUCUGGCGUCAACCGUCUUCCUCAUCCGGUUCACUUCCUCCACCUGAAUGAGUAGCCAUGGCCUGGGCUGCAGGCAUCCUGCGAGCCAGCAAAAGAGUAGGUGCAGCCCGAGUGAGUAUCGGAGACCUGAGCGUAGCUCUGCGGCCCAAUCGAGUGCUGCGUGUCCCCCUCAACCGGGCCUGGUGGAGAGUCACUCCCACUUCCACCAUGGGGACUGUGAAGGGUGAGCUAAUGCAGCACAUGAGCGCCGAAAAGCCAGUUCUCCACAACAAGGUCUCCAUUAUAGGAACCGGAUCGGUCGGCAUGGCCUGUGCCAUCAGCAUCAUAGCAAAAGGCUUGGCUGAUGAGGUUGCCCUUGUUGACUGUAAUGAAGAUAAAAUGAAGGGUGAGACGAUGGAUCUCCAGCACGGCAGUGUCUUCAUGAAAAUGCCAAAUAUUGUUUGCAGCAAAGAUUUCCUUGUCACUGCCAACUCACAGAUAGUGAUUGUCACAGCAGGUGCACGCCAGGCAAAAGACGAAACGCGCCUAAAUUUAGUCCAGCGAAACGUAACCAUCUUUAAGCUGAUGGUUGCCGAUAUUAUCAAGCACAGCCCUCGUUGCAAAAUAAUUAUUGUAUCCAAUCCAGUGGACAUCUUAACUUAUGUAACCUGGAAACUGAGUGGGUUUCCCAAAAACCGUAUUAUUGGAAGUGGCUGUAACCUUGACACUGCUCGUUUCCGUUACAUGCUUGGGGAGAGGCUUGGGAUCCACUCGGAAAGCUGCCACGGGUGGGUCCUUGGAGAGCACGGAGACUCAAGUGUCCCUGUGUGGAGUGGAGUGAACAUCGCCGGGGUGCCUCUGAAAGAGCUGAAUUCCGCAAUAGGAACUAGCAAAGACCCCGAGCAGUGGGGAAAUGUCCACAAGGAAGUGAUUGCCAGUGCCUAUAACAUUAUCAAGAUGAAGGGCUACACGUCCUGGGCCAUUGGCCUGUCUGUGGCUGAUAUUGCAGAGAGCAUUCUGAAGAACCUCAGGAAAACGCAUCCGGUUUCAACCAAAAUCAAAGGUCUCUAUGGAAUAAAAGAAGAGGUGUUUCUCAGUGUGCCCUGUGUCCUGGGAGAGAAUGGCAUCUCAGAUAUCAUAAAGGUAAAGCUGAGCCCUGCAGAGGAAGCCCAGAUGGUCAAGAGUGCAGAAACGAUUUGGAAAAUACAGAAAGACAUCAAGUUUUAAGCCUUUCUUCUAAAGAUACCGAAGACAACAGACGCAGUGCUUGCCCAUGUGGGGUGGACUGGGGGCUCUGAAGGUUGGACAUCUGGUUCGUUGUGUGGCAUCCAGCUGCCGGGUGAUUUACCCUUUCAGUUUCUGAGUGACUGCAUUAAAGGGAUUUUUGGUGUUUGAAUUACCGGUUCUUGCCUGUUGCUGUGGUAUUCAAGAAAUUGAUGACUUUCAUUAGAAUGUAAGCAUGUACUAGUCCAUUCUGGUUGGCUUCUAUCUAUAUCCACUCCUAGGCCAUUAUAAAAAGUAACUCCUGUGGGCUGGAGAGAUGCCUUAGUGGUCCUGGGUUCAAUUCCCAGCCCUCACAUGGUGGCUCAAACCAUCUAUACUGGGAUCUGAUGCUUUCUUCUGGCCUAAGGCGUGCAUGCAGAUAGAACACCCAUACACAUAAAAUAAAUAAAUCUUAGAAAAAAAUAACUCCUAUAUACAAAAAGAUGCCACGUAUUUUUUGUUCUGAGACUGCCUUUGUUGUUUUGGAAUGAGCUACUUGAGCCAUUAAGACAUUAUGCAUGGGGCAGGAAGGGUGUGGCACUUGCUGCUCUUGCAAGGACCUAGGUUCAGUUCCCAGCACCCACAUAGUCCUAUACAUACAUGCAAGCAUCACACUUGUACAUACAAAUAUUUUUUAGAGACAUCAUGUAAUGGGGACUGCAGCUGCUUCAAGAGUAGAGGGAGAGAGAAGAGAGGAGAAGGGAAGGGAGGGAGAGAAUUGAUGCAUUAUGCUUGUGAAGCAGACUUAACAUGAAAGCCAUAGUAGUCAGGCUGUGGGAAGGGCUGGCUAGCAGAGGCGAUAGAGGAACUGCAUUGGUUGGUAAAGGGUAAGAAGUGUCACUAAGAUUGCAGUUACCAAAAAUGAAGGCUGGUUUGGUGAAAGCCUUUUAGAACUGUCUUUGAACCUGUUAUCACGUUAAAUCAAGAUACAGGUUGUAAAUUGUUUUCGCUGGGCUGUGUCUUAGCCAUACUAUGGUCUUGGCCUGCUGCUCAGUUUAUCUUACAUGAGGAGAAAGUGGAAGCUUUUGAAUUGUCCUAUUGUCAAAUUGCAGCAUAAGACCUGGCUGUUUUAAUAGGCACUUAGGGAUUGCAUUUCUCAGAAAGUCAUGGGUUCACUUGUUAUUUCUAAAUAGGCUGGCUUGACUGUACACUAUGGACUGUACAGAUGGGAGGCAAAAUGGUUUGGGAGAAAGCAAAGAUACUUUCUUUGCUUUGCUCCACCCUUUACAUAAAUAAUAGUAACAACAGGAAUGUGGGCAGCUCCAUGUUAGCCUUCCUAAUGCCAUAGAGCAUUGCAGUAACACUGUUUGGAUACCUCAACUCUGGAUCCUUGCAUCAACAGACUUUCAGUGCCUGCCCACUGAACCAGGCCAAUGCUGAUCAAUCAAUAUUACCAAGUAGAUACCAGGCAGCAAUCUUGCCAUUUAAAAAAGUAUGUAUGUAUGUAUGUAUGUAUGUAUGUAUGUAUGUAUGCAUGCAUGCAUAUGGGCCUUAUAUUUAUUCAUUGAGAAGAUGGAGAAAUGUUCUGAUUCCCCAGGAAUUGGUGACAUAAAACUGGACCAAGCAAUGGGCUGAGUUCCUUGACCAUGGGAAGGCUGUGAUUUGGUGGUGGAGACUUCACAGGCUUGGGGAGCUUAUUUGCAGGGUAUCUGUUUACUCUCAUAGAGCCUCAAGCUUUUUAUUCAGCCUUCCUUCAGGCCCCAGAGAGGCCUUGCAUCAGUCAUUCUUCCUGACUCAGUCAGCACCGACUGAGUUGUGCUAUAAUCCCAUGCUGUGGUGAUACCAGGAAGUGCUUUGCCAUACAAGCGUAAGGACUUGAGUUCAAUCCCCGGCGCUGCUAGCUAGCACUGGGAAUGCAGAGACAGGCACACCUCUGGGACUCCCUGGCCAUUCACCUGUCCUACCCAUCAAGCCUUGAGUCCUGGUAAGAGACCCUGCCUCAAAAAGCAAGGUGGCUAGCACUUGAGGAACCACCCCUGAGGUUGGCCCCUGGCCUCCAUCCACAUGCCUGCAUACACCUGUGCACAUACAUAUACAAAAAACAUCCUCUAACUCUGCCUUGACAGAAGUUUAGUUUUCACUCAAGGAGGAUUCCUUUAGGUUCAAGCUGAUGUCUUGGAAAGCUCCCCUAACUAACUGCACUUCAGCUUGCUUUGUCCCUGAGGCACCAUCAUGGCCACACAGGGUUCCAAGAUUUCAAUAAAAUGAGAGGUCUAGAGAGUUGUGCUUCUGCAACUAAAUGCCUAGAUGUGAUCUGUUCCCUUUUUCCACACUCCCUAGUUACAUGGCUGCCUAACUUCAAGGACGUGAAGAAGUAUAAUCUGCAUCUUCAGAAGCGGGUGGUACUGACCAUAAGUGAACCCCAUCUUCAGAAGUGGGUGGUACUGACCACUGGUGAACCCCAUCUUCAGAAGCGGGUGGUACUGACCACUGGUGAACCCCAUUUUCAGGAGCAGGUGGUACUUACCAAUGGUGACCACUAGUAAUGUGCCCCUCAAACCAUCCAAGCUAAAAUGUUCAGGAGUGUGUUCAUGGUUUUAAAUCAUUUUCAGUGAAAGCCGGCAUGGGGUAAAAGGCUUAGGGGCACUUUUUUUUUUUUCUAGUUCACAGAACCAGAGUGGCCACAGGGUCAUACCUUCAAGCCAUGUCACUUAGAAGCAAAGCAAAUUAACCUCUGACCUCUGCUUUCUUGUAUGUUGGGCUGGAGUCAUCAUUUCUCUGUACUACAGAAUUGUGAAGAUUAACUAACAUCUCAAAGCUUUGGUACCUGACACGUCACCAACCCCAAAGGGAAGACACUGUUCCCAUUCAGAUAUUACGUCACAGCCUUGCUGCACUUUUUAACUCCCAUGAUUAGCAACCAGUGGUCUUCUUCUAUUUAUGCAGAAGCCCUACCACCAGCUUCUUAAAUCAACUCUGCUCCCCCUCACCCCCCCGACAUCCAGGGGCUUCUCUCUUAGUAGAGCCUCUAAUGAGACCAGCUGCGCCUGAACCCACAUGUGGAAACAAGCUGAAGAAGACAGGAAAAAUAAAAAAUUUCAAACUCAGCUUUUAGUGCCAACAACUGCCUGCCUGUUAGAAUUGAUUCUGUAAGGAUUUGUGAGAUUAGAGAUAAGCUGGUUAUUCUAAGCAAUUUUUCAAUAUGUAAUAUAUUAGAAUGGUUUUCAGUUUGGGGCAGCACCCUUGUGUACAUGCAUGCGGUACAGAGUGCAAACACAGUCAUGCGGUCACAUGUGCCUCCCCAGCUGGAUGACACGCUUGUCUGGUUGCUGGAAGCUUCCAUUGCUGUCUUUAGAAGGGGGAUAGCACUUGCCCUGCUUGUUGUUGAGGGGUAAAUGAUAAGUAUGUCAGCACCUAGUAUAUAGACUCUAAGCCACACUGCCGGCUGUUCUCGCUCCUGGCAUUCUGAUUCAAAAGCCCCAAGGAAGCUAUAGGAACAUGAGGGAGAGCAGUAUUAGAGGCAUAAUCUUGGUUCUAUUGUAACAUCUAAAAUAUCAGUCAGACCAAGUUCCCUGAAUGUCCAUAUUUCCAAUAAAUUACUUGCGAUAACGUUCCAGUUGACAUGAGGACAGUGGGAUUUCAGGACAAGGUUCUGGGGGCUGUAGGCUCAUUACUCCAGGGAAUACAAUGAUGCCUUAAUCCCUUGCAUAGAAUACCUCCUCAAGUUUGCAGGAAACAGCCUGUGGCUGCCCACAGAGGCCCUGCUUAUAAGGGUGACCCUGCAACCCAUAGCAUGAAAAACUUCUCCCCGGUCAAAGCAACAAGGGAGGAGCAAACUAUACAGAGGAGAUCCCAGAGUUCUGCUGUGGAGUGAUGUGACUAGAAUUCUCACACUCAUCAAAUUCUGGGGCAGAGGGAAAGUUCCAUGGCAGUAGCUGUGACUUAUCCUUAGUAUGUUUAGGCCCAGAUUAAACUUAAUUAUACUUGAUCUUCAAAUCUUUUUUUCAAGGGCAUCUUUAAAUAGGGGAAUAACCCAUUGACCUUUGUGUGACCUUUACUGAUAGAUAUUUGAUAUAGAUACUGUCCAUAUAAAUAUAAAUGAUACAAACUUGAAACCCCAUGGAGCCCCGUUGUUUGAAGCAAUUUGAGAGCCUGUUUAUUGCAUAUAUGUGAACUCUGGGUUUCCAUCCCCCACAGCUUGAAGACACAGGGCUCAGCCAUGUCCUGUAUCCCAUGUCCUCAGUGUCCACAUGUGAGAUGUCCCACAUCUCAGUCUGAAGCCUGACUACUCCUGGAUGGAUGAUUUUCAGAUAUGAUUCCUUCUAGUAACUCACUUUUGACCCCAGGAACAAAUAAUAAAUAAUACAAUACUUGAGGACUGAAAGACAGAUGGUGAGGUCAGGGAUGAGGGGACAGAGCAGCGACCGACACCCUACCUCCCAGCCUCAUCCGUGUAUCCUGCCUCUCCAUUCCUAGCAGCGGAUGACAAGUACCACUGAUGAGGGAUAGUGGGAAACAACUGUGCUUGUACUGUAAUGCUACACAGUCCAACACAACAUAAAUUGUAAAAGACAUCAGCCAACAGGGCAAGGGACAGCAUACUGCAAACAGUGGCCAGAGAGGCAUUGGGUUUUCAAUUCCAAACAUCUAGGCAAAGUUCCUUAAUAGGUUGUGUGACUGGCGUUUUUGACAAGCAUUUCUUUAUGUGAAUCUUGGAUACUCAGCAUCUGUGUUAACCCUGCCACGAAAUGCAUAUGGUAGUCACAGCCACUGUGACCACAAGAGAGAGCCCUCACCUGUUCUAGUCCGGUGCAGCACUGCCAUUGGUGCUUGUGGAGAACCUCUCAUGAAGUAAGGCUCAUCAUCUUACAGCCCAGUGAAAACAGUAGGGAGAGGCAAUGCCCAUGGGUGUACCCAAGAUUAGCAUCUGGCUGGCAAAGAUUCUAGACAUGAGCAGUGGUUAUCACAUUUGCCUAACACAAGACAGGCACUGGGAAAUAUGGUGCUUUGGGGGCUCAGUGGUAGAGUGUUUGCUAGGUAUGCAAAGAUUAGCAAAUGGGUUAGAGUAUCCAUAUGGUUGGCCUCCUACAGAUGCCAUAAAAUGGUGAGAAUAGUCACAUCAAAUGGUCCAUAACUAUACAGCCAUGCUUUUAGUAAACCGGUCAUGAUAUUUUCAUACAUGUGAGCUUUGGUUUUGGGAAACAGCACACACAUCUGGAUAAUGCUACAGUGGCCAUGGCCUUCACAGAUUGAGGACUUACUGUGAGCUGGGGGCUACACUUUGCACCCACUGCCUCACCUUGUCCUUACAACUCUUCAGGUAGGUAAUUACUACUACACCCUUUCUGCAGAUGUGGGUGCUGGUGAGGAAAUGGGGGCUGGGGCUGGGAUAUGAGCAGUGGUCUCUCCACCACCAGUGUCACCAAGUAUGGAGGCUGGGUACUAGCUUAGAGUUUACAAAUACUGAAAACAAUGUAACCCCUGAAUUUGGCAAAAGAGUAAAGAUUUAGCUUCCAUUUGAAAUAAACACAUAUCAUCAACAGCAAAAAGAAAACAAGAAAGAAAAAAAGGAUGGAAAUGUUACCUGUAUCUCCAAUAGCCUCCCCCAGAAGUGAUUGGUUGUUGCAGAGUCCUGGAGCUUUGUCCUGCUCAGCACCUGUGUCCAAAGGAAAAUGUGAAUGAGGUGUGGCUGCUUGGGUCAGCCUGGACCAUGUAUUGUUCCUGAGACAGCUCUGCCGUGGCAGGGUCAUAUACAUAGAAAAGGAUGGGUUGGAGUGUGCACUAGGGAGACUGUCCUCCUACAAAUCACUGGUGCCCUGCCUACAGGUCUGCACUUGAUGGUGUGACUUUCCAGACCCCUCCUUGGCUCUGGCUUCAGUUACCUUUCACUGGUGAAAUUUCAAUGUGAGCUUUUUCACACUGGCACAUGAGAAUAUUCUAGUAUGUCUGUCAUUAGUUUUUUCUUUUCCUUCUCUAAACGUCUGACUUUGAAUGGCCUGAGUAUAAUCGUGUAUUUAGAUGGACAGAAAUUCUAUUGCCCGCUGCCGUCUCUGUAAAUGAAAGCUGCCACGCAUCCUGUUGUAGAUGCACAUUGUCAAGUGAAGAUGCGCACCCUGGGGAAGCUGUAUGUUGUAGACGUGUUGCCUUCCAGAGCAGGAGUGCAGUUGUAUGUUGUUUAGUCAGUGGAUUCACUCCUGGAAGAACAGCUAUUCUGUCACGGUGCGGAGUACAGUCCUCAGCUUCACUGCUCUGUCGUUUGCUCGGCAGCCCUGUGGCAUGGGGUGUUCUCCACUCAGCAAGAUGCUAAGCACUUCAUCUGUUCCUCCCUUCUUCUGACAUUUGAUAUUUUUU